UUUUCGUUUGUAUUCGAACAGUCAGAAUCAGUAAAUUUUCUGAAGAGAAUAAAUAUUGAAAAAUUCAAGUUGUGAAAUUAGUCGUACUGUUAUGGAAUUUCAGGAAUAUUUGCACAAGCAGUUGGCGAUAUUCAAUUAUCAUUUGCACUCAGAUUAUGGACUGCUGAUCAAGACAGCGACCUGCAUUGCGUUUGGCGCCGUCUGCGGCUGGAUCAUGGGCCUCUUCACAUGGUUGCUAUACAAAAUAGCCAAAUGGCAGGAAAUUUUCCCAGCCACUUCAUACAAUUAUCAGGACGAUGAUCUUGACUUUGAGUUGGAUACAGAUACUAUUGGAAAUUCAACGAAAAUAAUGGCACGAAAUCAACAUGUUCCAGUGGUAUAGAGGCAAACCCUAGAAUUCGUUUAAGAUGUUUAAAGCAUUAAGAUGCGUUCAAGAACACAUGUAUAUAUGUAUGUCUAUGC